AUGGCAAGUCCGUCUGUAAUUCAAACAAGAGAAGGAGAAUGGACGUCAGAAAAAUACUGGAAUGUUUUGGGCGUAAAUAUUCCAGACAUUUUCACCAACGAUCCAGCAUUGCUAGCUGACUACAUUGUCUAUUUCGACACGCGAGCGGACGAUGUUUUUGUGGUUUCGUAUCCUAAGUCAGGUUCGUUUAUCAUAAUUAUAAUUUUAUAUACUGAUAAUUUAAGAGUUUCUGCCACGACAGUUCGCGUUGAGUUCAAAUGUCCUUUUCUGGAGGUCGACCUAGUCUUAAUGACUAACGAACGACCGUUCAUCAAACUCUCAGGGUGUACAAAACAGGGGCACCCAACGAGGGUAUAGUUCAAAACCACUUAACAUAGCAUUGUUGAACGUAUUUUAGUAUUUAAACGGUAGAUAUAGGCAUAUUUUUAUCCCCUAAAAACUUUUCAUCUGUUCGGAUUUCCUAGCUGAAAGUCUAGUGAUCCGAAAAUUAUAGGGAUCAAAACUUACCUUUUCGAAAAUUUCAGCCAGGAAAAGGCUUCCGAAAAUUCUAGGUGGCCUUUUUUAGGGUAAAUAUCCGUUUAAAAUGGGUAAUUAUACCAUUUUGUAGAUGUUCGAAAAUCCUAGAAGAGGCAGGCAAGGAAGAAAUUUUACAACAAAUGUUCCGAAAAUUCUAGUUCUCAAAUCGUCUUCCGAACAGAUAUUUUCCCGAAAAUUGCCGUUGGGUGCCCCUGACAAAAGCGAAAUUUUCUAUCCUGGGGAAGUUUGACUUUGAUUUCAUUUGCAUUAAUAGCACGAGUCGCCCUUGUUUAUUCAUUGUAGAAUCAUCAUAAAAUAUAUUAAAAGCAGGUAAUAUAAUAUAUAGGACGUAAAUGCUAGCCACGACUCGACACGACCAUUGGUCAGUUCGCCCCUUGGGCAAAUUUUGAGCAUGGAAUCCUGCGUCCUGGAUCCUGGACAUGGGAAUUGGGAAUACACCUCAAGGAAUCCAGAAUCCAAGUUCCACCAAGCCACAAAUGGCUCAUAGUUCCACUGACAAAGACUGAAAUGCAGUACCUGGAAUCUGGACUCCACGACGUGGAAUCCAGAAUCCAAGACUGUCUUGGAUUCCUUUCCAUGGGGCGAAUUUGAAGAUCUUUUUUGAAAUAGUCCGGAUGUACUUAACUGACCACCACAGAAGAUACUAUAACAUACGAUAAUACCGUAAAAUUCCGAAAAUAAGUCCCUCCAUGUAUAAGCCCUUCCAAAUAUAAGCCCCCCAAAGUCGUAACUCGAAAAACCCUCCGUUAAAUCGCCCCUCCGAAUAUAAGCCCCCUGGGGGGCUUGUACUUGGAAUUUGCCCUCGAAUACAAAGUAAAACAAAGAAAAAAUGGUAAAUUUCCUUCCCACUGCAAGCUAGCCGAAUCGAUUUUGAAACGCAAAUUUCCCUCCGUACAUGAGCCCCUCCGAAUAUAAGCCCCUCCAAAAAAAAGCCCCUCAAAAAGGGCUCUUGAAAAAUAUAAGCCCCAGGGCUUAUUUUCGGAAUUUUACGGUAUGCUCUUUCUUUGUCAACCCGAAGUUUUGCAUAAGCAUUGUCUUCAGUUUCUCUUGGGGCCAUUUUAACUCCCAAGAUAAACUGAAAAAAAAGUGCUUUUGCAAAAUUUUGGGAUAACAAAAAAGAGCAUUAUGGUUUUUUAUAGUAUUUUCUGAAGUAUUCAAUUAGAACAUAGUUACUCUUAUAUAUUUCAGGGUCACAUUAAGCAGGAUUCUAUACCUGGUUUGCAAGUCUUUUUCCUUAGAAAUGAGGAGGAAGCCUACCAAUAGUUACAUAAAGAGUUCCAUCGCUCGAUCUUGACAAACCCAUUUUAAAGGACUAAAUGGAAGAGGGAGGAGAGGUUUCCACGCUGGGAACGAGGUUGACCUCGUAGCUCUUCUAAUUUCCAUCAUGUUUACUUUUAUCAUUCAUUAUCUAGGGACAACUUGGGUACAAGAAAUUGUUUGGCAAAUCUACAACGAGGGAGCAAUCAGCAGCGAAAAGCAAAUAUAUCGAUUCCCAUUUCUAGAGGAUACCGCCUGUAAUAUGAGCGAACACAUGCAAAUUGAUUUCAAAGCACUGCCAAGUCCUCGCCUGAUUAAGUCCCACCUAACCUACAGCACUACUCCAAGAAGUGCAAAUAAAGAUGAUCAGUGUAAAUAUAUUUACGUUGCUCGCAACCCAAAAGAUGUGGCAGUGUCAUAUUUUCAUUUCACGGAGCACUGGAAGAAGGAAGGAAACGGUUACAAUGGACCAUGGGAAUUUUUCAGCAAGUUAUUCAUAGAGGGAAAUGGUAGGUCUUUGUAUUUCCCAGGCAAAUAAGGAUUGUUUUGACCAGCAGGUUUUGAGUGCAUUUAUUUGAAACGGAACCCAGACACGUUAAAAGGGGCAGCUCAGUCCGUUUUGUUUGGUAUAAAAAACCAAACUAAAGUAAUAACGUUAGUUAGGUCGACACUUGACACUCGCUUCAAGAAGUGAUAAACCCCUGCCCUCCAAGUGGCUACGUUAAACACGUCUCAGAACAGAGAAUAAGAACCAAAGUCAAACUCUGUCCACGUUUAGUGUCGACGCCGGGUUGUAUUGGGGGGGGGGGCGGGGGGUAGUGUAAGAUGGAGUGGAAUCGACGUUUCGUUGCACUAGCGAGGGGGGAGGGGUUGCUGAUCUUGCCUAAUUAGGCAUAGAAGUUGACUGCAUGGUGUAAAUAAUGGGUUACAAUACAAGACCUUGAUAUUUGUCCCAACCGAAAUGUCUACCAGAUUACUGAUUAAGAUAUAAGAUAGCUUAUGAAGUGAUAUAAAAAAAGGGUCAACCUUUUUUUAUCUUUUUGUUGUGUGCAGUUGGUUGGAACUUUUGGAAUGAUCACGUUCUUGGAUGGUGGAAACAAAAAGAUGAUCCCAAUGUCUUGUUUCUCAAGUAUGAAGAUUUACAUAAGGUAAUUUUGCAAUUUCGGGUUAAAAAUAAUCUAUGGCUUGUUCAAGGUGCCAGCAUAAACUUCUUCGUACAGAAGUCAGAUAUUUUUCUUUGUUUCAUGCCCGUGACAUAUGUACUGUUCACCUUCCUCACUUCUUAAGAAAGCUUUGGACGAUCCAGUUUUCCUACCGCAAAAAUGCAUAGAUCUUGAAAUGAUAUUUGAGUCUAAAGGUGUGCUGAGUGAAUUAUAUAUGUCGGUCAAUCAUGAAUUGAACGGUAAUCUAAAACAGUACAAUUUACACUCGUCCUAGGAUCUACCGUCCAAUGUACGAAGGAUUGCAAAUUUUCUGAACAAGACGCUGUCAGAUGAACUCAUAAAUCGUAUUGCAGAGCAGUGUUCUUUCAAGGGGAUGAAGAAAAAUGAGAUCAGUUACAAGUUUGAAAGCGAAGAAAAGACUUCGCCCUAUCUACGGAAGGGCGUGGUCGGAGGUUGGAAGAGUUACUUCACUCCAGAGUUAAAUGAGAGAUUUGAAAAGGAAGUGAUGGAGAAAAUAAAAGGAACUGGAUUAGAGUUUGAUUUUGAGGCAUAUUAA